AUGGCGGCCGCCGAUGCGCAGGCCGUCCUGGCCGAUCCGAACGCCUUUGAAGCGCUCGUGGCCUCGCUCCUGCAGGCCGACAACACGGCCCGCAAGCAUGCCGAGGCCGUGUUCGAGGAGGUUAAGAAGCACGCUGACGGAUGUGUGUCACACCUUAUGCGGUGCCUUCGCCAGUCGCCCAACGAGGAGCACAGGGCUUUCAGCGCGAUUAUGCUGCGGAAGGUUUUGACGCGUGAUGAGCCGACGAUGUACGCGGCGAGCAGCCCGCAGGUCCAGGCCAGCGUCAAGCAGGAGCUCCUGGCGGCGCUCGCCGCGGAGCCCAACGCCAGCGUGCGCAAGAAGGUCGGCGACACGGUCAGCGAGCUGGCGUCGGACCUGCUGGCCAAGGAGCAGUGGCCCGAGGUGCUGCCGUCCCUGGUUGAGCGCAUCCAGUCGGGACAGCCCCAGGCGAUGGAGGCGUCGCUGGCGAUCCUGGCCACCCUUGCGUCCUACUCCACGGACAGCCUGCGGCCCCACCUGGCGCAGCUGCACCCCAUCCUGGGCGCCUGCCUCGGGCACGCCUCGCUGGAGGUCCAGGUGGCGUCCCUUAUGUGCGUGGCGGGCUUUAUCCAGCAGCUGGAGGAGCCCAAGGAGCGCGACGCGUUCCAGCCCAUGGUGUCGCCCAUGCUGGCCACCCUCGGCCGCUGCCUCACGUCCAAUGACGAGCAGGCGGCGCAGGAGGUGCUUGAGCAGCUGAUCGAGGUGGCGGAGCAGCACCCCAAAUUCCUGAAGAAGCAGCUGACGGAGGUGAUCGCCGCGAUGCUCCAGAUCGCCAACGCGCCGCAGCUGGACGACCCCACGCGCACGCUGGCGGUGGAGUUCAUGGUCACGCUGUGUGAGGCGCGGGACAGGGCCCCAGGCAUGAUGCGCAAGCUGCCGGACUUUGUCCCGACGCUGUUUGGGGCGCUCAUGGGGUUCUUGCUGGAUGUUGAGGACGAGCCCCUGUGGCACCAGGCGGACAGCGACGCGCACGAGGAGGAGGGCUGCGGCGAGCUGUUUGACAGUGGCCAGGAGUUCCUGGACCGCGUGGCGAUCAGCCUGGGCGGCAAGGCGCUCGUGCCGGCCGCGGGCGCGCUGCUGCCGGCGUGGCUGCAGGACGCGGGCGACUGGAAGAAGCGCCACGCCGCGCUCAUCUGCCUGGCGCAGAUCGCGGAGGGCUGCGCCAAGGUGAUGCUGGAGCAGCUGCAGCCGCUGGUGGCCAUGUGCCUCACCGGGCUCGGCGACGCGCACCCCAGGGUGCGGUGGUCUGCCUGCCAGGCUCUGGGCCAGAUGUGCACCGACCUGACGCCCGACAUCCAGGAGAACCACGGCGCACAGAUACUGCCCGCCCUCAUGGCCGGCAUGGACGACUUCAACAACCCAAGGGUGCAGGCGCACGCGGCGGCGGCGGUGGUGAACUUCAGCGAGGGGGCGGAGGCGGACCUGAUGGCGCCCCACCUGGACACGCUCAUCACCAAGCUGCUCACCCUGCUGCAGCGCGGCAAGAAGCUGGUGCAGGAGGGCGCCCUGACGGCGAUCGCGUCGGUGGCUGACAGCAGCGCGGACAUGUUUGUGAAGUACUACGACGCGGUGAUGCCGCUGCUGUCCUCCAUACUGGUCAACGCGCAGGACAAGCAGCACCGCCUGCUGCGCGCCAAGGCCCUGGAGUGCAUCAGCCUCGUCGGCAUGGCCGUCGGCCGCGACCGCUUCCGCGGCGACGCGGCGCACGUCAUGGGCUUCCUGCAGCAGCUGCAGGGCGCUGAGCUGGACCCCGACGACCCGACCUCCUCUUACAUGCUGCAGGCGCGCGGGGGCGGGGGGCGGCAUGCAGCCUGGGGCCCGCAGGAGCAUGCUCGGGGGGUUUCCAGAGAGGGGCGCAAAGAUGGCAGCUUCUAUGCAGCUUCCGCCUUGGCCCACCAGCCGGACGCGCCCGCCGGUGGCUUGCAGUGA